UCACAAUUGAGCUCUUUUCGCCAAGUGUGCACAACGUAGACUUAAAAAAUAAAAUGUCAUCGAAUCUCAGUUGAGUUGAAGAAAUUAAUUAGGUGAAAAUCAUUUCUGUAGUAAUUCACGUAUAAUAAAAUACCAAACAAUCAAAAUACAUAAACGGCAUUUUGUCUAAGUUUAGUUUUUAUUUAGUAGUUUUAAACACAAAUUUAUAAAAUUAAGCCAAAAAAGGGAAUAAGUACAAUAUUGCAAUUAUACUAGUGGCCCAGGUGAUGCAAAUUUCAGCUCAGCUAUGCGGUUACAAUUUUAUUUAAUGGCAACGGCAUAUCUAUGUCUAAUGUCAGAGGUUCAAGUAUAUGCCGAUAACUUUGAGGAUAAUGAUUUUGCAGAAUUCGAAGAUUUCGAUGACGAUGAGUUUAUUGCUGGCAAUGUAGCAAGUCCGCAACAGCCAGAGGUAAUCGAUGUUAAUACCGCGAAGUCAAAUGGGAAUAUACGGAAGAAUGAAGGUGGCAUUAAUGAUUUUGCUGAAAUCGACAAUACGGAUGAAGAUGAAGCUGUUGUGGAGGACGAAGAAAAUGAGUUUGAGCAUUUUCAAGACGAAGAAGAAUUUGAGGGUUUCCCUGGAACGAACAAUGAAGCCGAUGAUGUAAAGCGGGGAGAUACGAAAAAGACGGAGCCCAAAUUAACAAUGGCCAAAGUUCCUAUGCAUUUUCGAACACACUGGGACUCAUACUGGAUGGAAAUGUUAAUGCUGGCAGGCCUUAUGGCCUAUUUCGCUAACUAUCUGUACGGAAAUAAAAAGAAUUCAUCUAUUGCAAGCUUGUGGCUUUCCACACACAAAAGUCUUCUUGAGGAGAAUUUUGUUCUUGUGGGAGACGAUGGUAAAAAGGAAACCGAAGGAUCCACCUUAAGCUUUAUAAAAGAAAGCGAGAGCGUGUAUACGCUUUGGUGCAGUGGCCGAACCUGCUGCGAAGGAAUGUUGGUUGAAUUGAAAAUGAUAAAACGGCAAGAUCUGGUUUCACUAAUAACUGGAAUAAUGAAACCAAUUAACGACCAGUUGCAUAUAAAAGUGGAAAUGUCUCCAGACUCAAUGGACAAUUUUGUGUUUUGUGUUGCAACUAAGAAGCAAGCUACUAAAAUGGGCAAAGAAAUGAAUGAUUUGAGCAAAUUUUGCACUCUAGUCAACAAAACUGAUGAAAAGUACAACAUUUCUGGUUACUCAUUAUUAUCAGAGAUUGCAGAGGCGUCAUCUAGCCUAUUGGAUAGUAGACUGAUAGCAGCACUAAAUAAGUAUUCACACCUUAUAGAGUAUAUUUACGCUUCGGAUCAAUAUAGUGGUCCAGUUCAGCAAGAGGACCCCAACACUCUUAAACAACCUGAGGUCAAACGCAUUUUACAUUGUGGGUUCAAUAUGCCUCCUAAGAUAGGAAUGGAAGAAUUGAAGCCUUUGCUGGUGUUAGUACUGUAUUUGAUGGAACGUAUUAGGCGUUUCCGUUUGUCAAAAGAAGGUAAAGCAAAGUCUGAUAAAAAUCGGGCUCGUGUAGAAGAGGAAUUCAUGAAGAAUACUCAUGCUGCUCGUGCUGAAGCAGCUGCUCAACGACGAGAGGAGAAGCGCAAGGCAGAAAAAGAGAAAAUUUUAGCUAACGAUGACCCGGAAAAACAACGUCGAUGGGAAGAGAAGGAACGGAAGCGUCUCGAGAAGAAACGUCCUAAGAUGAAGCAACUUUCAAUUAAAGCCUUGUAAAACAUUAAAUAGUUGUCGAUAAAAAUAACAGUUAUCGUGUGACGACCAAUUUAAUAAAAAUGUGACAUCCAAUAGUAGCAGUUGUAGUUCUGAUGAUGCGUUUGUUAAUAAAGCGGAUCACCAAUACCA